GGGGGCCUUCCCAGCCCGGUCUCUGAAGCGGUGAAAGGAAACGCUGCCUCGAUUUGGUUUCACAUUAAAAGGACGCUCACAGUAGUGGCGAGAAAAUCAACUGUUUCGGGCAUUGGACCCUCUGAAGAGACCGGCGUGGGUGGCGCCCGCUGGUUAAAGGGCCGCCCUGGGUGCCGGGAAGGGGGUCGGGUGGGGAGCGGUGGGUGAUGGGGACAGAGCCCCAUUGGAGGGCCGCCCUGCCUCCCCUGACCCACGGACCGCGGGCGAGCCAUGGCCCGAGUUAGCAAUGUCAGAAACAGUGGGUGUUGGUUUGGAUCAACUCUAAGACCAGUGAAACCUGCGAUUCUGUUAGAUGGCCUCUCAGAACAGCCCGUGCCCCCCUCCGGGAGCGGGGACAGCAUUUAGGGAACUGAGUCACCCGCCCUGCCUUCCAAGCCGUACCCCAUGGAGGACCUGUCAGUGAGACCGGAAAGUAAACGGGAUGAAUAAGGGCGCUAUUUCUUGGUCGCUUUCAUGCCCUGAAGCUAAGGGGGAACGUGUGCGUUUUCAAAGCCUUUCUCCUGAAAACAUGUGCUGCCGUGAGCCUCGCGCCAGGGCUGCUGAGCGGGGCUGUGCUUUGGAGGACAGUUUUGCAGCCCCUUGGAGCGGCCUGUGGGGAGGGGGGGAGUGAAAUAUAGCUCACAGCAAACCUAACUAAAGGACCCAUAUGCUGAGAUUUUACAGCAAGGAAAUUUAAGAGAAAGGCGAUGUAGAAGGGAGAGGACACAUCAGUCUGUACAUAGCAGUGCUUCAAAACAAAGUCCUUAAAAGGAAGAAAUGUCUUCUAUAAAAAGAAAUCCAAAGCAAGAAAUAGUUUCUCAAUUUCACUAUUCAGCUGCAGAAGGAGAUAUUGCCAGGUUAACAGUAAUACUCAGUCAUUCUCCAUCUCUACUCAAUGAAACUUCUGAAAAUGGCUGGACUGCUUUAAUGUAUGCUGCAAGGAAUGGGCACCCAGAUGUUGUCCAACUUCUACUUGAGAAAGGGUGUGACAGAUCCAUUGUCAACAAAUCAAGGCAGACUGCACUGGAUAUUGCUAAAUUUUGGGGUUACAAGCAUAUAGCUAACUUACUAGCUAAUAAUAAAGGUGGAAAGAAGCCUUGGUUCCUAACCAAUGAAGUAGAAGAAUGUGAAAAUUAUUUUGGCAAAACGCUGUUGGACCGGAAAAGUGAAAAAAGAAAUAAUUCUGACUGGCUACUAGCUAAAGAAAGCCAUCCAGCCACAGUUUAUAUACUUUUCUCAGAUUUAAAUCCCUUGGUUACUCUGGGUGGCAACAAAGAAAGUUCCCAACAGCCAGAAGUCAGGCUUUGUCAGCUGAACUACACAGAUAUAAAGGAUUAUUUGGCUCAGCCUGAAAAAAUCACCUUGAUUUUCCUUGGAGUAGAACUUGAAAUGAAAAAAGAGUUACUUAAUUAUACUGGGGAAGUCCCAAGAGAAGAAGAAGAUGGGUUGGUUGCCUGGUUUGCUCUAGGUAUAGAUCCUGUUGCUGCUGAAGAAUUUAAGCAAAGACAUGAAAAUUGUUAUUUUCUUCAUCCUCCAAUGCCAGCUCUUCUGCAAUUGAAAGAAAAUGAAGCUGGAGUUGUAGCUCAAGCAAGAUCCGUUCUUGCCUGGCACAGUAGAUACAAGUUCUGCCCAACCUGUGGAAGUGCAACUAAAAUUGAAGAAGGUGGAUAUAAAAGAGUAUGCUUAAAAGAAGGCUGCCCUAGCCUCCAUGGCGUUCACAAUACAUCAUAUCCAAGAGUUGAUCCAGUAGUAAUCAUGCAAGUUAUUCAUCCAGAUGGGACCAAAUGUCUUUUAGGCAGGCAGAAAAGAUUUCCUCCAGGCAUGUUUACUUGCCUUGCUGGAUUUAUUGAACCUGGGGAGACAAUAGAAGAUGCUGUUCGGAGAGAAGUAGAAGAGGAAAGUGGUGUCAAAGUUGGCCAUGUUCAGUAUGUCUCUUGUCAACCAUGGCCAAUGCCCUCUUCCUUAAUGAUCGGUUGCUUAGCUGUGGCAGUGUCUACAGAAAUUAAAGUUGACAAGAAUGAAAUAGAGGAUGCCCGCUGGUUCACUAGAGAACAGGUUGUGGAUGUUCUGACCAAAGGGAAGCAGCAGGCAUUCUUCGUGCCACCAAGCCGAGCGAUUGCACAUCAGUUAAUCAAACACUGGAUUGGAAUGAACCCCAAUCUCUAAAUCAAUAACUAGACUUUGACUGAGUACUAAUUGAUUUCUAAUACUACUUAUUUCAUCACAUGAUAUUAGAAAUAUUCACUGCUCUUUAGAAUGUCACAAUACAAAAUAUCAUAUUGGGUGUCUAAAAUAUUUUCAAAGUGUACUUUUCAUCUUAACCACAGAAUUCUUAACUUUAUAAAUUACAACAUUGCCUCAGAUUUUGUUAAAUCUCGAUCAUCCUUCUGUAAAGAGUUUUUUUUGGGUUCUUUUGGUUGUGCUCCAUAAUUUUAUCUCACAAAACCAUAUUUCUAAUAAGAGAAACCAUGUUGUAAAGAAGUAUGUUUUAAAAAUGUAAGUAACCUAAACUCUUGUAAGCAUUAGACCAGACAUUAAAGACCCAACACUGAAAUUAAACAUAUUCUAAAGGAAUUCUCAAAUAUCAGAUUUAAAUCUCAAAUAGAUGUGCAUCUAUAUAUAUAAAACACUAAUAUGCAAAUAGACCGAAUGGUGGAAUACCAAACAAUCAGUCACUAUGAAGUGAGCUGUCCACCAGGGGGCGCGCAUGGAACAUGGUGGGCAUCGGCAGCAGGCGGCAGAGCGCAGAACAUGGCAGUUGUUGACUGCGAUGGGAUGGUGGAGCAGGUGAGCCAGACAAGGGUGGGGCGCCAGCUGCUGUCAUUGGGGUGAGCCUCUGGUGGUUACUGAAAAUUCUUUGUUCCCACACACUGCCCCGAUCACUCAGUGCCGUCACUCAGUGCCAUCAGCGGGUGCGAGUGGCAGCUGCCGGCCCCGAUCGCCCUUCAGGGCUUCUCCACCUCCCCCUGCU